AUGAGCCUUUGUAGCGACGAUAACGAAACCCUGCACGCCCUGACGCCAGGCACGAACACACCCGCCGCAUCAGCGGCGUCAAACGCCAACGUUCCCUUGCUUCCAUCAACACCGCCUUCUUCUGCCGUUGUCCCAAUUGACCCCCAGCUUCUCCACGCCGACUUCUUUCCCGCUCGGAAACCUGAUGGCAGCCUGGUUGUGGAGGAGGUGUACAAAGCCCAUCUCUUCACCAUCAGAAAGAGAGAGCCCUUGCGGGCGGCAUGCUCUCACUUCAAGAUUCGUUUUGCAAUGCGAGCCAACCUCGAUUUUCUACGGAAUGCCCUUGUCCGCCACUGGUAUCCUGCAAGAGCAACUACAAACCCAUCACCCGAUCAAGCUGUGGCCGGUCCAUCGAAAACCCUCUCUAUCACCAUCCCACCACACCCAACUCACUCUCUUGGCCAAUUGACUGGCCAAACUCAUCCAGAACUUCUUGAAGCCGAUCUUGAUAUCGACGAGGAUGUGUUGGCGAAGCAGUAUGAUGUGGGUGAGGGGGUCGCGGAAACCAUAUUUGGCGCCCUUGACACAGGUGGCCUCGAAGAGGAGGAUGAGGAUGAGGAGUUGGAGGACAUGGACCUGGACGACGAUGCAACCUAUGAGCAGUUUCAGACAAGCGUGCGCGUGUCAGCGGCUCAAAGAACGGAGGCCAACAGGAGGGCGGGAGGUAAAAAGACCCAGAAAUGUGUCGUGAAGUCGUGGAAUAUUUUUCAAAAAGAAGCUCUCGCAGCGGGAAAGCUCCGCGACGACAUAGUCGACGAACAUGCCCUGCUCCUCUUCAUCGACUUUUGUGCUAGACGUUGCAAGCGAGACCGUCGAGGAGAGUACAUACCGAACACUCGCAUUGGCGCCUCUCAAAUUAAGAAAGAGUUCUUCGGCGCCCUACGUAUCCGAAAGGUGCAAGACACUCGGGAUCCAACUCUGGCUAUCAAGCGGCCUGCCACGACCGUGCAUGUUUAUGAUGCAGUCAAGACUUGCAUGGACGAGGCCCUACAAAAUGCACGCGAGGGGCUCAUUCCUGCCGAGGAUGCCCCAGACAUCAUCGCUAACACGUUUCUUGCCCAGCUGUCAGACGAAACCCUGACACGGAUCCGAUAUGGUUUUCUGGAGCACCAAGAGCUCAAGCCAACUAUCAACAGACACCUCGCAUGGACAAUGAUGAAUGCGAGUGGUAACCGCGGAGACGACAUCCGGGCACUGUGGCUGUGUGAAAUGCAACCGUACCAAUUCUUGCAUCCUAAUGGUGAAACGACUAUCCCCGCCGUCCUCGGUUUGCAGUCGGAUAUGGAACAGAAAGCUCGGUCUAAAGGAAUGAAGACAGCAAUAAAUCCGACUUAUACAUGUUUUAUUGCACAUAGGAACCCGGAAAUGUGUCCUUUGGGCGCGUUCGCAUUGUACUUACACUAUAUUCAUGAUGUAGCCAACAUAGAUAGUAAAUAUGAUAUUGACUACACGGUGAACAAGUCGUGGCGCAAUCUUCGAUUAAUCCAUGGUUCAUCGGCCACUGUCCCGUAUCAUGAGACUGCACUCCAGAAUAUUUUUGUCCAGUCCUAUCGGAAGGCCGGCGUCGAAUCAAAUCUAAAAGCUCACCUUGCCCGUCAUAUGUUGGGAUACCAUCAAGAGAAGACGGGCGUACGAGCUGAGGAUACAUCUAAACUUGGAUGGUCGCGUGAUACCUACCAGAACACCUACGCGCCAGCACUUCCCAAACCGGCGAUAUUAGGUGCUCAUGGUUACAAAGUCCACGAGACUUACAGCCCACCAUGGACCCAGGUUGAUGUGCCCAAGUCGUUCUUAGAACUAGUCUGUCCAAUGGCAGAGAAAAACAUCGAAUUGGUGAAAGGCCUCAAAGAUCGAGUUGGUGCGACAAAUUAUUGGGAAAUGGUUGUCUGGCUUCGUCCGUAUCUAUUCCAGGCUGCUGUGGCUAUAUACCAAGCUCAACCGAAUUCCAAGCUGUUCCGACUUCCCGCGCUGGCCCGUGACGACGUCCGCCUUUGGAUGCAAAGCACCUUCCCUGCCCAUCUCGCUGCCAUCAACUCGAGCACCGCUAGCCCGGUAUGUCUCGAGCGCCUUCAAAACAAGAUCAUGCGUAAAUCUCUGGAGCAACUUCGCCAAGAGAGCAGCAUGCAAAAGGACAUUUUGCGCAACAAUACAGCCCAAAUCGAAAAGCUUACACAAAUCGUUCAGCGCCGCACAUCACAGUGGACUCCGGCAAAGGCCAUUUCGUAUGAUACCUCACGCCCUUUGUCGAAGGCGGUUGCUUGCAUCUCUCGGCAGCUUGACUUUCGAUCGGACUCAACUCUGCCACUUACGGCUGUGGGCAAUCUUGGUCCCCCAGCAUUUAUUGGUUUGGAAACUCGAGCCGCCGAAGACACAGGUGUUUACCUUGCAGCCGAUAACAGCCUUCGUGGGUUUAUUGUGCCGUCGCCUUAUUUAGCAACCUCUCCACGCCCCCGAACGGAGGUUGACCUUAUGCUGCCACCCAUCAUUGCAUUUUGUAAACCCGGUGAUGAUCUCCUCUUGGAACACCCAGUUCUCGGGCAAGGAUCUGUCCACUGGAAGGAUGUCUUUGCACAAAUUAAGCAACCUGGGCCACUUUGGGACACGUGGAAGCCAUCAAAGACACUCGAUCAGAUGUCGAUUCAGGACAUCUGGGAUUGUUACAACAUCGGCGAGGGUGUAGAGGAGAAUGGAGUUCAAACUGGGGUUAAACCCCCACUUCGGUUAGUCGAGCAAGUGUUUGGUUCAGAAUGGCGCAAAGCUGGAAAGGACAGAAAGGCCUGGCAACAGUUCCGCGAGAUCCCUGAGUGGAUUGACCUCGAGACGAAGAACAGGUUCACGGCUUCGCAAGCGAUCAUCAAACUUGAGGGGAAAAGAUCAGUGCCCGGCAAAUCACGUCUGUUAGGCACGAGCGCGCUGGUCGAACUUCUCGCCACUGAGAGAAAAGUGGCCGCAAAGUCCACGAAAGAUGGCAAUAUUUCAAACUCAACAAGUACAGCAAGCUCGAUUAGUGAAGAGACAACGUCAACAGCAUCGGGCUCGAAGCGCCGCAUGCCAACAGUUGGUGGUCGACCAAAGCCAAAGAAAGAACGGAGAUCGUAG